AUGGCACCAGCACCGCGACCACGUCCUCUUCGCAAGGACUACGUUGCCGCCGCCUUCAAACCUGCUAAACCCACCGUCUUUUCCGAAUCCGCACGGCCGUCAUCCCUCGCACCCAACAUCCGCAGCGUGUCAUGGUCUCCCACCGGAUCACUCAUCGCGCAAUCGACGUCGGUCAACAUUCGCGUCUGGAAUGCCGAACGGCCGGAUGUCAAGGCGUCGAGUGAGAUGAAGGAUGGUGCGAGGGGCACGGCACACAGCAUGGCGGUGGAGAAGGUGGCCUUCAAUCCGCGAAGGGAGGCACUCCUGGCCUCAACGGGGUUGGAUGGCAUGGUGAAGUUGUGGGAUGUCCGGGCGCCUGGGGGAGCGGUGGGGGGAAUGCGAGGCAGCACGACGGUCAAGUCCGCCGAACACAAAGUCGGUGGGCAGGGAUUGUUCCUCACCUGGCAUCCCGCCGGCACGGAACUGUUGGUGGGCCGGCAGGAUGAUGUGGUGACGGCGUUGGAUGUGCGCAAAAUGGACACYGCCCUGCUGGAACUGCAUCCCACCGAUCGUUCGCCCCUCAAGGAUCGAGGAAGCUUCAACAUGAUGGCCUUUUCCAACUCGGGUCGAGAGGUAUUCGCUACGACAGGCGAUGGACCGGUCAAAGUGUUGGAUUAUCCCACCAUGCAACCCAUCUACACCCUCGCCGCUCACACUUCCAACACCUACGCCGUUCAACACAGCCCGGCGGGAAACUAUGUCGCCGUCGGUGCGAGCGACUCCCUCAUCUCGCUAUGGGACACCAACACAUGGAUGUGCACUCAUGUCCUCAGUCAUCACACUUCCGCCGUCAGAGAUUUGAGUUUCAGCUUUGAUGGAUCGUAUCUCGUUGCGGGAUGUGGUGCRGAUAGAGAUGGCGACAAGGGGCUGGACAUUUACCACGUCGACACGGGGGAAUCGGUGCAUACCAUCGAGACGGUCAAUGCUGUGAGCUGGGUCGCAUGGCAUCCCCUCAAAUAUGCCAUCGCGUAUGGCGGCGAUCCAGGCGGCCUGAAGAUCGCUGGUGUUUUCAAGGAUUGA